AUGACAGUCGAACAGCAGAAACACCACAACGCCACAGAUGGUGAUCUUAGCGGCAGCCCGUUCGGCGAGAUGUCUGUUCGCGCAGACAGCCUCAAGAAUGCUGCUGCCCAGGAUCUAAACCUCACAGUGGUGCAGGCUAUCAAGCUGUAUCCGAAAUCCAUCCUCUGGAGUCUAAUCAUGUCGACGGCGCUGAUUAUGGAAGGCUACGAUACUGUCUUGCUGGGCAGCUUGUUCGCGCAGCCAGCCUUCCAAAAGCGAUAUGGCGAGCCUGCCGGCCAUGGUCGAUAUGAAAUUCCGGCUCCGUGGCAGUCUGGUCUUGCCGCGUCGUCUAACAUUGGCAUGCUGAGUGGCCUGAUUACGUCUGGCUACCUGUGUGAGCGCUUUGGCUUCAAGAAGACCAUGAUUGGUGGCAUGCUGCUCAUCAUUUGUCUAAUUUUCAUCACCUUCUUCGCGCCUGGAGUUGAAGUGCUUCUCGUGGGACAGUUGCUCUUUGGCGCUGCUCUUGGUAUGUUCCAGACGCUGCCGGCGGUGUAUGCCAUGGAAGUCAGCCCGACUUCGCUGCGCGCCAUCCUGACAAAUUAUAUCAACUGUUGCUGGGUUUUUGGCGCUAUUAUUGGCACUGGUGUCCUGCGUGGUGUGCUACACCGCACUGAUGAAUGGGCAUAUCGUAUCCCCUUUGCAUGCCAAUGGUUCUGGCCUGUGGUCCUUAUUCCUUUCAUUGCCUUUGCCCCUGAAUCGCCCUGGUGGCUGGUCCGUCAGGGACGCCUUGACGACGCAAAGGCUGUCCUCCAGCGCCUUACAAGUCCCCAGAACGUUUCAUAUGACAUUGACAAGGCCAUUACUCUUAUGGUGGCCACAACUGCCCAUGAGCGCGCCGUUGACGCAGCCACUUCCUACACAGCCUGUUUCGACCGUGUCAACCUACGCAGGACUCUUGUUACCAUUGGUGUCUACGCCGUACAGCCGCUAAGCGGUCUUUAUAUCCGUGCAUACUCGGCAUAUUUCCUUAUUCAAGCUGGACUUUCUCCCGAUAUGGCGUUCACAAUGACACUUGUCACGUACGGUGUUUGCAUUCUGGGCAAUAUAUCCUCGUGGUUCCUUCUUUCUUUCUUUGGCCGUAGAACGCUAUAUAUAUGGGGCUUUAUUGCCCAAGUCGUACUGCUAUCCGUCGUCGGUGGCCUUGGUGUGCCUCAUUCGACAGAAGCAUAUGGCUGGGCAAUCUGCGGCGUGCUCAUUCUGUCGUCGUACGUCGACAAUCUGUCUAUUGGUCCACUUCCAAACACCAUCUGCUCUGAGAUGCCUUCAGCGUUGCUCAGAAGCAAAUCUGUUGUACUGGCCCGCUUCUCGUUUGCCAUUGUUACCAUCUUUGGUGGCGCAAUUACCCCUUACCAGCUCAACCCCACGGCGUGGAACUGGUCUGCCAAGACGGCGUUCUUCUGGGCUGGCUUGUCUGUGUUUGCUUCUUUGUUUGUCUACUUUUGUUUGCCGGAAACCAAGGGCAGAACUACCGUCGAGCUGGAUAUUCUGUUUGAAAAGGGUAUCUCUGCAAGAAAAUUCCGGGGUACUACUGUCGACCUUGCCGAAGCCGUUCACAGCGAAAAGUCCUUUGUUUAAAAAGCAUAGCAUAGCA